AUGCACAUGAAUGAUCCUAGAGCUCAGAGGUUCAACGCACUUCCUGGGCUUUAUGGCCUCAUAUUCUUGAACUUGGAACCGCUUUCAACCUUGAUCCCAGCUAUCGCUACAAUAUUCGUUCCAGGCGGAGCUGCUUGGUUCUAUAACGAACAGGUUCCAGGUGGAGUGAUUCAAUCUGUAGAUGGUCCACAUACUCGCAUGGUGCUCGGACAACUCGUCAAUGCCUAUGCUGUGAUUGGGAUGUCCUCUGCAUUCGGAUUUCGGGCGGUAAGAAAGGCAAUACCCAACAACCCAGCUGCGCAGGAACGAAUUAUAGGAGCGACUUUGGCGUACUGGCCAUUGCCGAUAUCUCUCAUCUCUGUGCACGGCACCAUCCUUAUCCUUGACGGAUUACUUUCCUUCUCUCGCACGAAUCAAGACUGGCAUACCCCUUCGUUCAUUCGCCUCGUUUUUGUUCAAACAAUGAAGUUCUCAUCUGCUCUCUUUACCUCGGCACUCUUGUGUUUCGUCUCGUCAUCCAUCGCACGAGACGUUCCCCUCUCUGCUCGUUACGUCAUUGAAGCCCGCCAAAACCGGAACGGUGGUAACAAGGGGGGAAAUGGUGGCAAUAACGGCGGUAAUAACGGCGGCAACAAGGGCGGACAAGGGUGGAAAUGGCGGCACCUGUGGUGGCGUUUAGCGCUCGACCCUAGUGUUAUCAACAAAAACUUUGCCAAGACCGGUCAGGAGGGGAAAACUGAGGCUGGCCAAGUCGCUAGCUUGACGAGCACGAACAACUUCAUCAACUACUGCGUUGGAAAGACUUUGACCAAUGGUGCACAAGUCAAGGGUGGGAGUUGCAAUUCUACUCCCAUGGGAGACUUACCUUCCACGGGAAAAAUGCCGAGCAGUAAAUUCACCGAACCCAAGAACCUCGACACCAUCCCUGCCAACAAGGAGUUCACUGUUCGAAUGGCCGUAAGGAACAUGGAAAUGGGUAACUUUGUCAACCCACAGACCAACUACUUCGGUGCUCCUCAACAACUGAAUGGCCAAGGCGUUAUUGUCGCCCACUCCCAUAUUGUCAUCGAGCAAAUCGACUCGCUCACCUCGACUAAGGUUACAGACCCCAACAAGUUUGCGUUCUUCCAGGGAUUGAACGCUCCAGCCGAUGGCAAUGAAAUCUCGUCUAUCAAUACGAGUGCCAACCACGCACCUGUCGUCGGUCCUGUAGCACAGCAUGGGUCGUUUGAUGAUGUAAUAUACAUAACGGUUGGUGGUAACGGAGGUAACGGAGGCAAUGGAGGCAAUGGAGGCAACGGAGGAAAUGGCGGUAAUGGCGGUGGAAAGGGUGGAGGAAAAGGCGGCAACGGAGGCAAGAAAUUCGCCCGCAGGUUUGUUUCGCGCGAGACGAACCGCCUCUAA